AUGAAUAUCUCGAAGGAAACAGUUGACUCUCUCUUGCCGAGAGAUGAAGCCGCCUUAAGAGCCGUGCUUAAAACGUCAUACGACACAUUCCUGGCGAAGCAAGAACCAGAGGCCGUCAAAAAGGACGAAGCGCACAAGCGUGUCCAACUCAACCCCAGCAACGACGCGCUGAAGCAUGCCCACAAGCACUAUGCGGACAACUCCAGCAAGUUCAAGAAGAUUCGAGAGAUCUUUGGCGAGGGCAGCAAGUAUCAUCCCAACCAACUCGUCGCCAAGAGAUUCCUUCCUGCACGAGGCUUUUGUCAGAAAGAGCCCAUGUACCGCCUCGCGUGCAAGAUCUCCGACCUUCAACAUCUCUACAACACCGGAGACCUCGUGAUGGACCCGUUUGACUUUAUCAGAUGGCGCAUUAUCAAGAAGGUGGGCAGCUUGCUUGCCAACCCAUGGGACAAUCCCAAAAGUUUCAUUCGAACUGUCGUCUACAAACUCGCUGAUGACUCAGAACACACCGGUACCAAGACGUACCAGGACUCUGUCAUGCGAUACGCAGUCCUGCUUUCGGCCGCCCAGAGAAACCAUCUUGGCAGUUACGGCCACAAGAGCAAGAACCGCAAAAAAACCUUGAAGCAGAAAACUUUACCCUAUGCAGUGGCUGCUCCACGACCGAGAGUGAAGAUUUCGAGGGAUGAUAUUGUGGAUAGCCGCCCUGAGGCUUCUGCAGCUGUGGCUCAACCGGUUCAGAAACGUGCCCGACUUGCCGCUGGCCCGCCUAUCUAUGCUGGUGUGAAUGCCUACAGGGCUGGACAGAAGCAGCAACAACGCUCUCAACAACGUCCCAAGAGAAAUUGAGCAUCUUACAGCGAGUGUGAUGAGCUGUAAAGUGUCGGGCGCAUAGCAGCAAGGAUCAUGGGGGCGAAGGGCAGAUAUUGGAAGUGUUCAUGCGCAUGCUGGGAGGGAAGGGUAACGAGGCGAAGGUAAUCUAUGGUUGAUUGCGGAUUGACAUGCGGGAUUUGCUUUUGAUUUGGAGUUACUUCAUCAUGACAAGGUCGGGUCUUUGUUUUCGGGAGCUGCAAGCUGUUCAAGCUCUAUAUACAGCUGGUUGGGAUGCCCCCUCAUCGGGCGAUAUGGUAUUUGAUGAGGCUGAUUUACUUGGGGGUGUAGCCUCUGUUGCUUUAGUUGAUAGCUGCCCCAGUCUUUUCAAUUUUAUAUCCAGGUUGUUUGUACGGCUUUGAUUCUUUUUGUUCACC